AUGGAUCUCGAUGCUUGUGCCCGUGAGGGCAAAGCUGGCACAACGAGCACAACGGGCACAGCUCCCGGCGAUGAUGAACAGCUCCAGCUACUUGAGGGCUCGAUCCUGGCGGUGAGGCCAGAGCUGGAGGCGACAACCGUCGAAGAUUGUUAUGCAGGUCAUCCUCCUCGCCUUCUAAGAGGAGCGAGCGGGGGAAGCAGUCUUCUAAGUGGUUUGACCGACGAGUUGCCGGGCUCUGCACUUCCUUGGAUCCUUACGGAGCGUGCCAAGCUGGCGAUUGGGCUGGCAGUCCUUCUCAAUGCAGCGGCAAUGAGCGUGGAGGUUGAAGCAGAGCUACGCUUCGGAAGGACUUCCGUGCUCGGACUGUCAAUGUACAUCGUGCAGUUGGUAUUCCUCCUCUUGUUUAUGUUGGAACUGCUUCUGAACAUCCGUUGCUGGGGCCUGGGCUUCUUUUUCAAGCACGGUGCUUCGGCACCUACGAAGAGCUCUUCGUGGCGGUGUGCGAGACUAGCUCGUGAAUUUACCCACAAAUUGCAGAUUCAAGGGAUUUUUGACUUCUUCGUGGUGCUGACCUCGGUGGUGGACCUGUGCAUCAUGAGACCAAUGGACUUGAUUUCAGAAAUGUCCGCGCGCAAGACGGCGCAAGCAUUCAGUGUGUUUCGCAUACUUCAGUUGUUCCGUUUAGCUCGAAUAUUUCAAUUUCUUCGACUCUCACAUGAACUUUCACUCCUGGCCUUCAACUUGGCCAUGUCACUGCGUGCCGUCUUUUGGGUGUUUCUGCUUCUGUUCACUUUGAUUUACAUCGGCGCACUCUUUUGUGCAAGUGAGUUGGGAAGCUCUGACAAUGCACAGCUGCGAAGCUUGUUUGGCAAUCUCUGGAUCAGCAUAUUCUCGCACUUCAAACUCAUGACCCUCGAGCAGUGGGUGGAUGUCUGCAAUUUAGCCAUGGAGGAGAGUCCCAUCUGGGCAGUAUACUUUUUGUGCUUCAUUAUUCUUACAAAUUUGACGUUGGUAAACCUCGUCACUGGCUUAAUCAUCACUGGCGUUGUCGAGCAUGCGAAAGAAGAGGAUUGGACGUGGUUAGAGCAGCUUGUGGAGGAGGCUCCGUUUAUCGAAGCCUUGGAAGGACUGGUCGCCAAAAGCCAAGGAAGGUCUCACACAGCCUUAAACUACGUUGACUUCGAGGGCCUGCUUGCCGAGCCAGAAUUCCAGCAGAUAGUUUCACUUUAUGGAAUUUCGCUCCAAAUGGAAGCUAGACAACUUUUUGAUAUCCUGGAUUCGGAUGGGAACGGUGUGUUGGAGAUCAGGGAAUUGGCGCAGUGCUUGCUGCAACUGCGAGGAUCCAAGCAGUGCCUGCAUCCGGUUCUAGUAAGGCAUGACGUGAAUAGGAAAGGCCAAGCAUUCGCUGCCCAUGUUGCAGAACUGGAGAAGAAGCUUCCACAGCAGUACUUUGCGGACAUUGAGAAUUGGGAGCAAUCACUAAACGAGCAGCUUUGCCGAUGGCGUCAGGGUUCGUUGAUAGCAGCACCAGAUGAUCAAGACACUGACAUCAAGCAAAGAAGCUCAAGUGGUCGAAGCUCAAGGCCAAGCCAGGAAGCUGGACCACAUUCAGAUCAUUCAGCAAACUCCUCGCUUCCCUCACUAUUGAGUUUGCUGAAUUCGGCUUGCGUCUCCAUUGAGGUCCUGCGUGCAAAGAUUGCAUCAACUGCCGCCGAAUUUCGAUCCCUUCAGCUGCAGGAAAAGCAAUUGGAAUCACAAUUAUCAAUUUCCUGUGAAAGCAGAGGUGUACAGGUGUCUUGUGGGACUGCUUGA